AUGUCUGACCUCAAUUCACAUCUUCUCAAUAUGAAUUCGUUCGACACUCUCACCAAAGAGCUCACAACUGAAGGAAGCACGGGAGCGGCCUUUACCUAUAUGGCCCCCAAGGAAAGGGAACCUUAUUCUACAUAUCUCAGCAUCCCUCCUACUGUACUGGAGAAACUCCCGGGGCAAACGCCUGGGAGGGCAAAAGUACCAACCAUCCUUCUUUAUGACAAGAGGCACGUUCAACUAGGAGACGAAGUGCUCGGUCUCGCGCUAACUUGGCUUUCUGGUUACAGCGGUGUUUGUCAAGACAAGUGGGGUUCUCAACUCACCAACCUUUCGAAAGAGGAGCGAACUAAGAUUAGCAAGGGCGAAUUACAAUUAGCUGAAUGGUUCAAAAUUCAUAUCGACCCCGAACAACGGCGGGAUGUCAGAGCGAUCGCAGAGGAACCUUCGAAGCGCUUACCCGAAGGCAAACAGGGGGUGGAACUGUGGGGAGAAUUCCUUGGACGCCUUAGCAGUGCAGCCAAGCAAGCGAUCCGCAACGACUACAACAUUACGUGGCUAGAGGAACUAGAACAAAGCCACAAAGUCCGCUACAUAGUUAGUAUACCUGUAGGUUGGCUCAAAAGCUGUAAAGAUUGGUUUGAUCAACAAAAACACGGCUACCAACCUUCGAUUUUGUUCGGAGAGCGAGGCCCCGACGAUGUCUUCCUGGUCGUUGAUGCCGGUGGGGGUACAGUGGACUACACUUCCUAUCGCAUAACCAAGAUCGACCCCCUUUGUAUGGAGGAAGUUGGAUCGGACUCCAAACUUUGUCUCUAUAAUGGAUCGACUUACAUCGACAAGUCCUUCCGAGCUUUACUGAAGGAACAUUUGAUCUCGGAAUACACCAAAUCGCCGACAGUCCCUGACAAGCAUUUGGAUAAGGCAGGAAUGCUCUUUGCUACACUCGGUAAACUCGAGUUUAGCUUUACGACCAAGGAUGCUCCGCCCGGUUGUUACGCGAUCUCUGACAACGAGGUCGAUUACGACGAAGGCGAAGUGUCGGUCCCUUGGACUUUGAUGAAAUCCGCCUUUGAUCAACACGUCGAUCUUAUAUAUGUUUUCUGCUCCGGCGGUCUGGGAGACUCUCUUUACCUACGAGAAAGACUAGAAAUGGAAUCCAAAUCUUUCAAAGUUGCUCAACCUGAUCAAACGGCUUCUUCAUCCUUGGACCGCGCCGCUGGUGCUGAGGCUUUCCAUAGAACUACAAUCAUUCAAGAAGUUGAUUACCCGGUAAAGGGUCUCGGAGAGGACUGCUCUCUAACUAUCUUUUCAACCACUGCUAAAACGCCACCAAAAAGGACGACCGAUCCUUCUGCCCGUGAGGUUGGGAAGUUCGAAUUUUUCAUCCCGGCCGACGCUAGCCACACCGUGGAGAAAGCCCCAGACGGGACUCGUUUGGCCAUGUACCCUUUCGAAGUCCGGGUAUAUUACGGAGAGACCGAAUUACGUGCGGCGGCGUACAGCCUUGACGGGGAAGUGCUUGGGGGAAAUCGAGAGACGAAUAUUAUGCAAAUGGGGAAUUGA